CCCUAGCCCUAAGGUGUGGCAAUCAUUAUCGAACAUGGGUGCCACCCCAUAGUUGACACUUUAAACUUCCUUAAUCCAACUACUCUAUGCUCCUCAUAUAUCUAUAUAUAUAUAUAUAGACACACUAUGAUCAGUCAUAAACUAUAGUCACUAAUCAAAAUAUUGUAUGCUUCUAACAAAUGAAGCCCUUCUAUAUUUCCAUCAUCUUUUUUCUCCUCCUCAUUUCAAGCAAUAAUGCAAUCCCAGUUAAUAGAAAUUAUGUGAAGCAAUUCUUGGCUUCACAAAAUGCAGCCCGAUCUGCCUUAAGGCUGCCUCCGAUGGUGUGGGAUGCCAGGUUAACCCGUUAUGCCGAGUGGUAUGCCAACCGAAGGCGCCGGGACUGUGCCUUGGAGCACUCGAACGGGCCAUACGGAGAAAAUAUUUUCUGGGGUAGCGGCAAUGGGUGGACCCCAGCGCAAGCCGCUGUGGCAUGGGUGUCGGAACGGCGGAGCUACAACUACAUGUCGAAUUCUUGUGCAUAUGGGCAGCAAUGUGGACAUUAUACACAAAUUGUUUGGAGAGAAACAAGAAGAAUUGGAUGUGCUAGAGUGAGCUGUUAUGGGGGCAGGGGUGUUUUUAUGAUUUGCAGUUAUGACCCUCCUGGGAAUUACAUUGGAGAGAGACCUUAUUGAAUGUUCAAUCAAGUCAUUUUUGAAAGAAAAAUCACUGUAUGGGAGUUGAGACUCGAGAGUGUGUUAUUUGCUGUCCAACAUCUAAUUAAUGUUUUCUUUCUUUUUUC